CUGCGGCCGCUGGACCUCUUCUCCGCCUUCGCACCGCAGAGCAGCGCACGGAGCUCCUGCAGCAGUGGCAGCGGUUGGGAUACCGGCGGAGGUGGUGAGGAACUGGGCGGCGGCGGCGGGGGCGGGUGUUCGCUGACGAACUUGGACGUGACGUUCGUGGGCGCGGGGCUGCUGCCGGGGUGCUGGUACGGCAUCAAGCGGCUGGGGGGCAGCCUGAGGCGGCUGGCGCUGCGGGUGGGGCGCAGCGAGGUGGAGGAGCGGCUGGUGGCAAGGCUCACCUCCCGGCUGGGCUCCCGCUGGCGCCCCGACUCCUUCGCUGUGGACUCCCUGGGCCCCCUCACCCGCCUCACGCACCUGGAGCUGGAUGCGCCGCUGGCACCGGCGCUGGCGGCCAGCCUGCUAGGCGGGGCGCUACUGCCGCUGCCGCCACAGCUGGCCUCACCGCAGCCGCCGCCGCCACCUGCGGCGCCAGCGGCAGCAGCGCCGCAAUCACCCUCCCGUGCCAACGCCUUGCCCAAGCUCCAGAGCCUUUCCUUGUACGGAACGUCGGCAGCAGCGCCGGCAAGAGCCCGGGCCGGGCUGCACUCAACGUUACCUCCGCCACAGCACCCGCUGCAAACUCCGCUGCUGCCGCUGCGCACCUUGUGCCUCGACGGAGACCUGACGGGUCUGCUGCCAGACCUAGCGGCAGGGGUACUGACGGCGGCGGCGGCGGCACGUGCGGCGCCAAUGGGUCGCCACGACCCCGCUGGCGGCGGCGGCCCCGGCCACCAGCUGGCGGAGCUGCGGCUGGCCCACCGACCCGCGGGUCACCCGGCGACCCGGCGGCUGCCGCUGCUGUGGUCGCACCUGCCUGGAGGAGGGCUAGAGGUGCUGCAUCUGGAGGGGU